CAUAUUGGCCUAUCGGGUAUUCCCCGUAACACUAAAUAAUAAGUUCUGCCGUGAACCAGUUUAUAGGUAUAUAAAAUAUACAAGAAAUGUUUGUCUCACCUUGUAUAUAAACAACGAAAUGGAAAACGUAAAGUGGGGUAAAAUUUCUGCUGGUGGGAAAGCUAUUGAAGUUAGCCGCAUUGCGCGAAAUGAUUAUGAUCUCCCAUUGCAGAAAUCGAACGACUAGGUAGUGGGUUAAACGCGCAUGCGCAUUUGCUUCUCGACGCAACAGUCGUAAACAUUUUUUCCAUUCAGAUUCCUCACGAGUUUACGAUUGUACGUUAAAUAGAGCGUCCUGGCGGACGCACAACAAUUUUUCCGCGUUUUCGUACGAUUUCGCGGAAAAAAAUGGGUCCGAUCCCACACGCUCAGUGUACGUGAUACGUAAACUUAUGAGUUUCUGGCAUGCGGUGACGUCAUCCGGAUCGUUCUGGAAGAACCCUGCAGGACAAUAAUGGCGGAUUUGUAUGCAAAAUACAACUGCACCUAUUGUCAAGAGGACAUCUCGGGUUUACGUGUAAGAUGCGUAGAAUGCCCGGAUUUCGACCUCUGUUUGCAGUGUUUUUCCGCCGGAGCCGAGAUUGGUCCACACAAAAAUGAUCACUCUUAUCAGUUCAUGGAUUCUGGUACCAUUAGUAUAUUUAAUGGUAGAGGAAAUUGGACUGCUAGAGAACAGCUUAGACUUUUGGAUGCCAUUGAACAAUUUGGAUUUGGAAAUUGGGAAGAUAUCAGUAAACAUAUCGAAACACGUACUCCAGAAGAAGCAAAAGAGGAAUAUAUUGCUAGAUACCUUGAUGGCAAUAUUGGCAAACAUACAUGGCCACCGACAGAAAGCUACAAACCAAAUCUCACUGAUCAAACUAAGUCAGAUCAUGGCCCACUGUCACCUGAUCUCACAUCUCGGUUACCACCUUUGGACAUUACUCCAGAAGAAGCUGCACAAUUGGGGUACAUGCCACAACGAGAUGAUUUUGAGAGAGAUUACAACCAUGAAGCAGAGUCACUUGUUUCUUCAUUAUUUCUGAAUCCAGCAGAGGACGAUGAUUUAGACAUAGCACUUAAACUUGCCCAAGUUGAUAUGUACACCAAUAACUUGAGAGAAAGAGCGCGACGAAAGCGAGUGGUACGUGAUUAUCAGCUGGUAUCUGCAUUCUUUUCUUCAUCCCGAAAGGAUAAAGCAUUGAAAAAGAAGCAAACAAAAGAAGAAAAAGAAUUUAGAGACAGGAUGCGUGCAUUUGCGCAAUUUUAUACGGCACAGGAGUAUGAGCAGUUUCUGUCAAAUCUUGAAAGAGAGAGGGAACUGCGGUUACGUCUUUCAGAAUUAUAUCGUUAUCGGGAACAUGGCAUCACAAGGCACGAAGAAUGUGCUCAUUUUGAGCAAGUGAUAGCACAAACUCAGGGACAAAACGAUGCUGCAGAUCACUGGAAUGAAAAGAAAUCUGCAUUUGUGAACAGAUUGUAUCAGUUUGCAUUUCACUUAGGGCAGCAGUGGGCCGUCCACACCAAUACACCGCCACAUCUCAAAAAAAAGUUACACUGGACUAAAUGCUUUCCUCGGAAGGUCAACAUUUUAUCCAUAUUUUGCAGAGAAGAAGAAAAAAAUUACUCUUCCAUCGACCGAAAGUACACGUCAAAAGAAUUACCCAGCAGCAGCUCCUCAAUCAAUCAAGUCAAUCUCAAUCGGAUGACGACUCCAGCCAAUCAGUGGGCGGAGCUGGAUAACAAUCCAAAUUCUUCCAGCCAAUAUACUACAAGCUCGAGUUCUAUUGCAGAAAAGAAUUAUACUGCAACAACUUCUGGAAAAUCUUGUUCAACAAUAGGAAAUUCGGAAGAACGAGAUAUAGAAAUGGAAGCUGCAGCUCAUUUAUUAACAAAACAGGAAAAAUCCUUAUGUCUUCAGCUUGAUUUAAAGCCAACGCAGUAUUUGACGCAAAAAACGUUGUUGUUGCAAGAGUAUCUGAACGGUAAUAGAAGAUCGGGCGUUGUACCUCAAUCGGAACCAGAAAGUAAGAUACUACACUAUCUGGUAGCAAAUGGCUGGAUUGCAGCCAAUUGAUUGAACAUUUAAAAAUUAUCGACCAUUUCAAUUCUAAGUCACUGUCUAUUUCGCAAACUAAGUCCUAGAUAUAAUUGAAAUUUGAGUCUGAUUUAAUUAAACAUAUAGGGCAGGUAGGGAGAGAAUGUGUGUGUGUAUAAUUUAACAAGUACCGAUAUUGAUUCUUUACUUCUAUAGAAUUCGAUGAAACUUAAAUAGCGAAAAA